AUGAAUGCAGUCCCGGUUUUUGCGCCCUCAAGCGGUGAUGCGGUCGAGGGGGUGCUCCGCAAUCCAGACAUCCUCAGAUUGUUGUUCUCGCAACUCGACCUGCCGGAUCUCAUUCGUGUCGGAGCCUCGUGCAAGCAGUGGUAUGCAGUGGCGGAGAGUGACGAGUUUUGGAGGACAUUGGACUUCCAGCACCGGAGCAUUCGACAAGAGGAGGCACGCCUGCUGGGCAUCGUCAAGAGGCAUCCCCAUAUCCUUUCGCUCAAUAUCACAGGCGUCCAACAGACAGCACGCUCGCUGCUGGCGCUCCUCGUGUGCCUCAAAAGCUUGCGGGAGCUGAGCAUGGGAGGAGGCUGCCUCAGCGAACCAGAGCUGUUGCAAGUCCACACCAACCUUCCAUCCCUACAGCAGUGGAGUGUCUCUCAAGCCGACCUCGGCCGCUCCAGCAUGACAGAGGUGCUCCUGUCGCACGCGACGCUGCCGAGGCUGGUGCUUCGAAAGUGCCGCGGCAGCCGAUUGGUGGUGCGCUGCAUGGCGCUGCGCGAGCUGUUGAUCGAGAGCUGCUCCUUCCUGUCACUGGCCUUUGCCACGCCCGCGCUGGCCUCCCUGGAGCUGCGCGACUGCCAGAAGAUCGCCGACGUGGGCCUGCGCGCUGCGCUCACCCGCCUCACCAUGCUCAAGUCCCUCGACGUCAGCUACAGCGUCCCGCUGUCUGACGACACCCUCCGAGAGGUGGGCCUAGCAUGCGUGCACCUGACGAGCCUGCGCGCGGCCGGCUGCCCAGGCCUCACACUGAACGCGAUGCAGGGCUUCCCAGAGCUGCGCCACCUCGACCUGAGCAGCUGCGACUGCAUCGCGCCCGCCACCGCGGUGCCUGCGCUGGAGCGGUGGACCAACCUGGAGUCGCUGAACCUGGACCACUGUGGCCUGCUCACGCACCUCACACUGUCGCUGCCGCGCCUACGCAGCAUCUCCCUCCGCCACUGCCGCGCCCUCGCAACCGUGGACCUGCAGUGCCUGUGGCUGGAGAAUGUGGAGCUGGGCGCGGAGGCAAGCUCCUCAUUGCGCGCAAUAGAGGGUGUCGCCCCGGCGGGCGGUGUGGAGGUCAGAAAGCCGCAGGUGCUGAAGCGGGUGGUGCUGGCCUCCAACGCCAUGACCAAGCUGGUCUGGCGCGCAUGCCCCUCGCUGGAGCACGCGAUCCUGGCCUGCCCCUACCUGCGCGAGGCACACUUCGAGUCCUGUGAUUUACUAGGAGAUGAGGUGCUGCGCACGCUUGGCGACGGCACGCUGCCCACCCAGCAGCUGCCCCCCCGCUACACGCACCUGCCCCUGCGUGGCGGCUGCCCCCGUCUGCGGUGCCUGAGCCUGCACAACUGCAGCGGGCUGAAGAAGGCGAAUUUGGUGAGCUCCAGCAUUGAGCGCCUGAGCCUGGCCAACUGCCGCGGCCUAAAGAACCUCGUCCUCAACUGCCCCUCCCUGCAGGUCCUCCAGCUGGAGGAGUGCAACGACCUGCUGAGCAUCGACCUGCAAGCCAUCGGCAUGACCAGCCUGUCGCUGGGCACCUGCCCGCACCUGACCUCCCUCGCCCUCAACGCCCCCGUCCUGCGCACCCUUGACCUCAAGGGCUGUGGGAUGCUGUCGUCGCUGGUGCUGGACUGUCCGGCGCUGGAGUGCCUGGACGCGACCUUCUGCGGGCGCCUGGGACGCAGCGCGCUGGCCUGGGUGGUCAAGAGCGCGCCGCCGCUGCACACCCUCGUGCUCUCCGUCUGCUCCCACCUAGACGGCGCCGCGCUGGAGGCCCUGGGCACCCUCCACACCCUGCGCCUCCUCGACCUCUCCUACACCGAGAUCCAGGCACGCCUCCUGGAUCUGGACCUGGUGUUUGCGGCCUGCCCGGGGCUGGAGACGCUGAAGCUGUCGUCGUGCGCGUGCUUGCGCGAGGACGCACUCAACGCGCUGCUGCCGCCCGUAGAGAGCCGCCACGCCGCCAGCAUGGACACCGACGACGCCGUGUCCCCUUCGGGGCCCUCCCAGUCCAAGGCGGCGAAGAGGUGGCACGCGCUGACCAGCUUGAAGGAGCUGGAUGUCAGCUACUGCUCACUCUCCACCAGCGUCCUCUCCAACGUCAUCUCCAGAGGCUCCACCCUCCAGGUGCUGGCAAUAAACGGGUGCGCGGGAGCGACGCAGGACAUAUGGGGCGGGCUGCACGCGGCGGGGGCGGCGACGUUGGCGCUGCAGUCGCUGUCGGCGGUGGGCUGCAAGAAGCUGCGCUCCUGCUGGCUGGGCCUGCAGCCGGCGUCGCCCGCCGACGCCGACACGCAGCAGCGCCUGCUCUCCGCCAACAUGUACUCGCCCCCCUCCUCCUCCGACACCGCCUGGACCCAGGUCCCUGUCUCCGUCUCUGGGCUGCAAACGCUGCGACUCGGGCUCUCGGGCGUGCGUAGCCUGGCUCUGGCGCUGCCGUCGCUGACAUCGCUGGACGUCAACAACACCGCCGAGCUACGCUGCCUCGAGCUGCGCUGCCCCGCCCUCCUCACCGCCUACGUCCAGGCCUGCAAGGUGCUGCCGGGGCAGCUGCUGGAGCGCGCGUUCUGCAGCUGCGCGGAGCUGGAGACGCUGGACGCGCAGCACAGCGAGGUGCCGGCAUCCGCGCCUGCCCGCCUGCGCGCCUGUUGCCCGCACCUGCGCGUUUUCCUACACACGCCCACGCCGCAGCCAUCGCCCGCCCCCAACUCCUUCUGCGACAGCCCCGAGCCCUCCGAAUAGACUGUUCUAGGCCUCAGGCGUAUAAUCAGGUGAUAUCUUAGCGUCCAGGCACAUUUUGGGAAUUAUCCAGUGCUUGUGCGACAGCCCCGACCCCUCAGACUAGGCGUCAGAGCGUGCCUCAGGCGUGAAUAGGCUGUGAGGUUUGUAACGUCCAGCCAAAUGGCCCCUUUGGGAAUUUUAAUGCCUGUGCAACAGCUGAAAGAGGACUGUGGACUGGGUACUUGGUGCACGGUGAUAACAACAGGGAUGAUGGGUUCAAUGUCAGCUGGGCAGAGCAUGCGCAACUGUUUUGUAGCGUACAGUCCAUCUUUGGGAUGAGAACAUAUGGGCUUGAAGAGUUCUUUGAGGGCUGGCUGGUGAGCGUCCCAGGCUCUUUUUACAUUUGCAAACACAGGUGGCUAGGAAAGAACACAUGAGCGAACGAUAAUCUCAUGAGAUGAAAUUCAAAUGAGAUUCAGUUGACUGGUAACAUCUAUUCUGGGUCAUCGUUGGUCAUUACAGAUAGCUUAAUGGAUUGUGCACACUGUGGACUGCCACGAAGAUGCAGGGCAUGCAUGGUAGGCAUGCGGUGGCUAGUAUGAGGUGUUUGUCCUGAGCUGAUUCCACAUGGCAAUCAUCAUGAUACUGUACUACCGAGCAUGGACAUGUCGUGGUUGUAUAGAAUGUCGCGGUACCUUUGGUGGAUCAUCUCUGAUCAAUGAUAUCUGAGCCAGUGCACAUAUGUCAUUGCUGUGGGACUUUUUGAAAAGCGCAUGUGCUCUUCAAGAAGUUCAUCAUGGCCGCUAGCUGUCCUCAACUCCUGCACUGAUAUGACUGCACGGUGCCGUGUGUAGAACUGAAUACUUUUAAUAAUUCAAGUUACUGCAGCGAGCAAUGGGUUGCAAAGUUGAGUUGAACAUUGCAUGUUGGCAGCCCAGCUUGGCCGUGUGCAUGCAGGCCCGGGCACUGCUAGGCUAGCUCUAGCCAACUGGCUGGCUUGUAAAAUAUGGCUGGGCCUCUCAGCAGCAACAGCAGCUACCUCAGCAUCUCUUUUGUAAUGCACCAUCCACCUGAGCUUUUCAGCCUGGGUUCUUGUAAAUUCAUUCCU